AUGGAGCUUGAAGAAAACUCUGAUAAUGAUGGUGGCCGCAUCAACUUAUCCAAUCUUGCACCGGUCGCACCCGACCAAUCCGGCGAUGGUUUACCUUAUGCGCCAGAAAAUUUUCCGAAUCCCGGCGACAUUUGGCGGUGGAAAGCCGGCAGGAGGAUUUCAUCCAACGGUAACUUUCGGGACCGGCAUCUAUAUCUUCCUCGUCGUCUUGCUGCCUCUUACCGCGGUGGAUUUAAAAGCAAGCUUGCGGUUGAACGCUACGUCAAAGAAUUCUUCCCUGACGCUAAUGUUGUUGAUUUCUUCGCUUCUUUCAGCUGGUCAAUUCCUUCUGGUCUUCCUGGCAAUAUGAAUCCUGUACCUGCUGAUGGACUUCUUCAUCAGUUAGAAUUAAAGGAGCAGCCUGAAUCUGAUUCAGACAUUGGUGGAUGCAAAGCUGGGAAUAAGACCUGCACCAGUUUGAUUUUGGAUCAAGAAAAAGAAAAUUCACCUCUUGCACCGUGUGAUAUCUGUUGCGUUGAAUCAAAGUUUUGCCGCGAAUGUUGCUGCAUUCUCUGUUACAAAACAGUUGAUUCAGCUUAUGGCGGCUAUAGUUAUAUCAUGUGCAAAGUAAAUCUAGGCGGUAACAUUUGCGGCCAUGUCUGUCAUCUGGAAUGCGCUCUUCGAUCUUAUUCGGCUGGAACUGUUGGAGGAACGAUUGGAUUGGAUGCUGAGUAUUUUUGUUGGCGCUGUGAUGGGAGGACUGAACUGAUUCCUCAUGCUAAUAAGCUUCUGCAGACAUGUGAAGAAGCUACUGAUACAGAUGAUGUUGAUGUGAAAGAAAAAAUUCUAAAGCUUGGCAUUUGUCUCUUGCGCGGUUCAGAGAAAGCCGCUGCAAAUGAGCUUCUGAGCCGUAUUACGUCAGCCAUAUUAAAGCUUAAACAUGGGACUAAUACUGAAGAUAUCUUGAACGUUGAUGCCAAAAUUACCGCUAAUUCUUCAGGUUCUUCCGGUUACGGCAAGGCUGCGAUGGAAACUACAGAUGACGAAAGUCCUUUAAAGCAUUUAAAUGUUCAAAAAGGAACAAAAUCAUUUCGUUAUCAAUCCGAGUUAUCAAAACUUGAUGCUGACUUUGAUAAGGCUAUGGAGGAUCUUGAAAAAUCUCAAAAGUUUGAAUAUAAGCUGGCAGAGGAAAGCCUUCAUACACAUAAGGAAUAUUUACUAAAUAUUUCUCAGCAACUCGAUAACGAGAAGUCCGAGUUAGCAGGGCAAUCCAGCACAUCUGGUUCAAGUGUAUUGCUUCAAACUAUUGAGAGAAAAAACGAACAGCUGAGGCAGGAACUGAAGAAAUUUGAAGAAAUGAAGAAGAUAGCUGAUGGUUUUGGCAGCACAUCCAAAGAAAUUUUAGAAAAGCACUUUGGCUUGUAA